CAUGGCGACCAGGGCAGCAGCGGCGGCGGACCGAGAACGGGGAAGCGUGGUGUCAAUGCUGCAGGAUGAUGACAGAAUUAAUAGAGAUGAAGAAGAAAUGGCUUGGAAAUUUCUAUCGCUUGCUGAGAUCAGCAUUAUGCUGGAACAGGAUAUCGCAGGAGUUGAGAAGAGUUUGGAAGAGUUUCUGAAUCUGAAGCAUCGAUUGACAUCUUUGACAGAAGCUGCAUUACUGGAUUAUUAUGUCUCUGGAUUUUGGUGGGCCAAAGGAUUAGAGUUCUCAUCUGUGCAGAUUGGAGGAUUCCUGACUCUUCUCAAUUUAUUGCUGGAUAAUCUGGAGACCUAUCACAUGAGCCUGGAAGAGAACAUCCAGGAACUAGCCAGCGCCAUGGCUGGCAUCGGGCUGAGCAAUUCAGAGAUAAGUGGCGGGUUUGAGUUCUUCACCAUCGAUCAAGCCAAAGCCAUCAUCAAUUAUGUGAAGAGCAGUUUAUUCCAACAUUAUACACUGUACAAAUAUCUUUUCCACAGUCCCAGGGAAGAACUUGUGAUUGGAGAUGAGAAAGUGGUAGAACUAGUCAAACCUGCAAAGACCCCUUUUCCUGCCCCCUUGGAAGAAGGCUUAGCCAGCGACAUCUAUUCCAAGUUCCUAGCUCAGACCCCAGGGGAGGAAGAGGAGGAGGAAGAGGAGGAGGAGGCAACCAAGGAACCAGAACGCGUUCUUGCAGAAGCGCCAGCCGAAGAACAAGGGACCGUGGACCCUUUGAUGGGCUACACCGUCGGGGACGUCCGCUUGCUCCUGGGCCAGCUCACCAACGAGCUCAUCAGCAACAUUCAGACUGAGAUCUACGAGAAGCUCCAAAUGCAAGAAGACACCUAUUCCAUGAGAAUAGAGAAGCUGAAGAAAGCCUGAAGCUGUCAGAGCAGUGGAGCGAAGUUCUUUCGUAGGAAAAGCAUCUGCGAUGAAGGGAAAUUUUGCAAGGCCUUUUGAAGCCCAUCGGCUCAUCGCCCUGCAAGUCAACAGAGGAGAAGAAACU